UCGCCGCCAGCCUGCGCUCGGGCGGCCGCGGAGGCACAGGCUCGGGCGGCCGCGCGCAUCCCGGGCGCUCUGCGCGGCGCAGAGCUCGGCGGGCCGCGGGGGCAGGGACCGGAGCGCACGGCAAGAUGGCAGGGAUCCUCGCCUGGUUCUGGAACGAGCGGUUCUGGCUCCCGCACAAUGUCACCUGGGCGGACCUGAAGAACACGGAGGAGGCCACCUUCCCGCAGGCGGAGGACCUCUACCUCGCCCUCCCCCUGGCCUUCUGCGUCCUGAUGGUGCGGCUCGUCUUCGAGAGAUUUAUAGCCAAACCAUGUGCAAUAGCCCUCAACAUUCAGGCCAGUGGACCACAAAUUGCCAAGCCCAAUGCCAUUCUGGAAAAGGUCUUCACUGCAAUCACAAAGCAUCCUGAUGAAAAAAGAUUGGAAGGUCUCUCCAAGCAGCUGGACUGGAACGUUCGCAGCAUCCAACGCUGGUUUCGGCAGAGACGUAACCAGGAGAAGCCGAGCACCCUAACACGGUUUUGUGAGAGCAUGUGGAAAUUUUCAUUUUCCCUCUAUAUAUUUACCUAUGGAGUCCGGUUCCUAAAAAAGACACCCUGGCUGUGGAACACAAGGAACUGCUGGUACAACUACCCCUACCAGCCACUCACACCUGACCUUCAUUACUAUUACAUGGUGGAGCUGUCAUUAUAUUGGUCUUUAAUGUUUUCCCAAUUCACCGAUAUCAAAAGAAAGGACUUCGGCGCUAUGUUCCUGCAUCACCUUCUGUCUAUCUUCUUGCUUAGCUUUUCAUAUGUCAACAAUAUGGCCCGAGUAGGGACCCUGAUCCUCUGUCUUCAUGAUUCAGCUGAUGCUCUUCUAGAGGCUGCCAAAAUGGCAAAUUAUGCCAAGUUUCAGAAAAUUUGUGAUCUCCUGUUUAUUGUAUUUGGCAUGGUUUUUAUCACCACACGACUGUGCAUAUUUCCUCUCUGGGUGUUAAAUACCACAUUAUUUGAAAGUUGGGAGAUCGUUGGGCCUUACCCUUCCUGGUGGUUUUUUAACUUACUGCUCUUGCUGGUACAAGGCUUGAACUGCUUCUGGUCCUACUUGAUCAUAAAAAUAGCUUGCAAAGCUAUUUCAAGAGGCAAGGCUGGGAAAUGGAACCCUUUACAUGUGUCCAAGGAUGACCGCAGUGAUAUUGAAUCCAGCUCAGAUGAGGAGGAUGCGGAACCUCCAGGGAAGACCCCCCAUACCACCACCACCACCAAUGGGACCAGUGGUACCAACGGGUAUCUCCUGACUGGCCCUUGCUCUGUGGAUGAGUAAUUAUAUAAAACUACAAGUCCCAAACAAAGUGAACUGUUUGUUCCUGGAAGUAUUUACUCAGUUGCAAAUGCAUUUUCUUUCACUAUAUUUCAGCCCCAGAAACAAAAAUUAGGAUUUUAUCAAAGCAUUUUGAAUAGUGCACUGCCCUGUGUCCUGUACGGGAACGAAGAAGAAUUACCCUUCUCUCUGUGUAGGCAUGCUGAAUGUAAUUGACACCAGGGAACAGUAUUUACAUUUGUACUGUCUUGGAAUAUUAUUAUUAUUUUUUUUUGUAUUUGUUUGUAAAUCUGUGGACAAAAGAGGAUUUCCUCACUCCUUUUCCUCUCCCGGUUCAGGACAGUGAGGGAGGUGCUCCAUCUGCUUCCGCCCUUUCUCUUGCUGCAGUCCAGUCUGCUAGGAGCCUUGGCUUACUUUGCCACUUAGAACAAGCAAAACCCAGUGCAAGAGCUUGUGCAGCUCCAGAUAGGCUUGCUUUCUUUGUGUUACAGCACCCACUUUGAAAUUGCCUAUGCCAUCUCUGUGGCCGUUCUCCCAAAAUCAAGUUUAAGCAGGAGGAGCUAGAGUUUUUAAUUGUCACCCUUCAUGAUCAGUUAGCCGUUCAAAUCAAAGAGUCUGGUUAUUGGAGAACUUUUUAAAAAUUGCUUGUGUUAAAUUGGCAUGUCUGGCAUAGACGUCAUUUCUUGUGCACACAGCCAAGUUUUCUUCAUUAAGUAUGAUAGCUAGUUGGGGAUUAACUCUGUAGGUUACAGAGA